ACAGUAGCCAUACACUAUUUUAAAACAUAGCCUACAGAGGCUACUCAACAUUACAGGAAGAUCGUGUUAACAUUCCUAAAUUGUUCACAAAUUCAUCAUAAAAAACCACAAAGCAUAGUCUACCUAAAUUAGCUAAAAAGAUGACAAUCCAGAACAAACUUGAUGUUUUCCUAAGGAAAGGGGACGCAUUUCCCACGAAAGGUGUGUCCUCAUCGUGCUGCCAGGAACGCGAAUUCCAGGAACAGAAAGUUACGGCGAUUGACUUACCAACUUAAUAUCUUCGUCAGAUAUUUGACAGUCGUGUAACUGAAUAGGUUCUAUCAGCAGACUCGAUUCCAGCAUUCAAAGCUUUAAUCAGACUUUAUUAAUCAAUUUACUCUGAUUAAACACAGUUAAGCGUUAGGAAUUAUAACAAUUACUUCCUCUUCAAACUGACGUUGAAGUUUCAACUUCGCUGCGUUUGAAAUCUCGUAAGAAUGUAUUUGCAAAUCCUUGUAUCCAUGACUUGUGCAACACUUGUCGGUGGGAUGGAUCUUCAAUGUUACAAUGACUAUGAUAAAACCAUGGAUUGCCAUUUUUCUUCUGUGAAGUCCAACUGUAGUGAAUAUAACCUGGAAUUAAAACCAUCUGAUCUGAACGACUCCUAUAGGCCUCGUUGCAUUUUGAAGGAACUAGUGAGAUCAAGCGAUGUCAUAUGCAGUUGCUCCAUUUCUAUGCGAUAUAUAGCAAUCGGUGAAAUAUUUACAGCAACUCUAAGGAAUCAGAGUUUCACAAUCCGCGUCAGUGACAGCAUUAAACCCAAACGUCCUACAAUUACAGAGGUGAAACAAUCACCAAAUGGAGAUUUCGGGGUAACAUGGAAAACAAACUAUGAAAAAUCUUUUGCCGAUCAACUGACGACUGAAUUGACAUACAAAAAAAUGGGCGAUAUAGAUGGGGUGUCCGAAAAUACCACAUCUACGUUGUUUGAGAUACUUGGGAGGAACUUGGAGCCAAAUACAAAAUAUGUUCUAAUAAUCAGGACAUAUUUCAGCGAACAUUUCAGUGAUAGCAGCGAAGAGUGGCACUUUACUACCCCUGUGGGUUUGUCUCAUGUAUUCAAGAUUGUCAUCGUUGCUCUGUCCAUUGUUGCCAUCAGUCUAACAUGUUUCCUGUUUUGGUGUUUUAUCAGACUCAAAAAUAAGUGCUGGGAUACAGUUCCUAAAUAUCCUAAUCCAGCCCUUUUGAAAAUGGAUUCUAAAGAGCCUUGGAUAUUUUCUCCUUCAAAGACCCCAUUGUGUUCCAUCUCAAUUGAUUCUCUUAAGAUGAAUGGGACAGGAGCAAAACAAUUGGCUAUUCAAGAUGGGAGUGGUCAGAGGGAUGAGUCUGAAAGUGAAGCAGUCCAUGACUUUUCUUCCCAGAGUUAUGCUCUCACAUGUCCGCCGCCAAUGAAUGAUCCGACACCAUGCAAUGCGCAAAAACAAAUAGCAAAAAUUCAAGCGGAACUCUUCAGUCUCUUUCCCAAUCUUUCCGUCAAUUCAGUUGACCCUUCUAAGUCACAAAGCUACAUGAAUGUUCCCAACUCAAAACCAAUCAACCAUUUCAGUGGUGGAAACCAGUCAGUGAUGGAAACCCCAACCUUGUUAACUAUGGGGCAUGCACUUCCUUGUGACGGUAGUUAUAAUUCCAAUGAAAUUAAGGUCACCUUUCCUCCAAUAUUUCUUGGUACAAAUCAAGAUCCCACAUUGUCUCCUUUUGAAGAAGACUCCUCUUACCACCCUUGUACUAAUAGUUUUGCAAGUUCCUCACCAGUAGAAGACAUUAGUCUGACUUGCAAAACUAAGGAACACAACAUACCUACCCCUACAUGCAGCCUUUCACCAAGUGGCGAUGAUUACCAAGCGGUACCAAGCCUACAACAGCACAACUCAUGUCAUUGGACUGCAAGUCAUUGUGCUGAGCAAGACAGACAAUGUCCAGAGAGUAAACACCUUCAAAGCUCAGAGACAAUGCCUCUGACGCUAAUGUGCAACUCCCAGGAAGGACUGUUCUUUUCCAUGAGUACUUUUCCUAACAAAGUGGAGCUAAUCGAUGAUUAUCACUGUGUGUAACAUCUUAUCAGGUGGAGAAAUGUAUGUAUUGAGUUUUGGUUUUAGUAUCUUUACUUUGGGCGAAUAUUCUUUUCAACAUUAAUACGAUAAUCAUGGCUAAAUUAUCAUACGCAUGCAAAUUAUGCUUCCACAAAUGUUAUUAGUAAGUAAAAAUACUUGGUUAGACAAACCAUUUAUUAGGUAACAUGUUAUGAAAUAUGCAUCAGUGCCAUUUGAAAUAUGGCACAAGAGACUCAAUCGCAGGCCUUCUAACUCAAAGAAUAGAUACGGUAUCCACAGGAGUCUACUGGCUGCUAUAGUACAACACUUGUUAGCGUCAUCUACAGUCACACUUAUGACCCAUGCAAAUUAUCUAGGAAAAUGUUUCGAACGGACUUCUAUUUGAAUGGCAGAUAUGAGUGUUUUACAUGCUUAACUUCAACCGUGUAAUAAACUUAAAUUCUCAUUAAAUUUUA